UCUCAGAGCGAGAACGAGGAUUUAACAUGGAGUUGGCACUGGAGAAGGCUAAAGAAGAGCAAGAGGAGUGGGAACAACAAAUGGAGUUAGCGAUGGAAAAAGCCAGAGACGAGCAAGAGGAGAGGGACCAACAAGCAGAGUUAGAGCUGGAAAAGUGGAAAGAUGAGCAAGAGGAGUUGUCAGAACAAAUGGGGUUAGCAAUGGAGUUAGCGAUAGAAAAAGCCAGAGAUGAGCAAGAGGAGAGGGGAAAACAAAUGGAGUUGGCACUGGAGUUAGCCAUGGAAAAAGCCAGAGAUGAGCAAGAGGAGUGGGGAAAACAAAUGGAGUUGGCACUGGAAAAGUGGAAAGAUGAGCAAGAGGAGAGGGACCAACAAGCGGAGUUAGCACUGGAAAAGUGGAAAGAUGAGCAAGAGGAGAGGGACCAACAAGCGGAGUUAGCACUGGAAAAGUGGAAAGAUGAGCAAGAGGAGCUGUCAGAACAAAUGGGGUUAUCACUGGAGUUAGAGAUGGAAAAUGCAAGAGAGGAGCAAGAGGAGUGGGAACAACAAAUGUAGUUAGCACUGGAAAAGUGGAAAGAUGAGCAAGAGGAGUUGGCGCAACAACUGGAUCCAGAGGUGGAAAAGGCAUUCGCAAAAUGAGGAGUUAGCAGAACAACCAAUGUAGAGGAAGAUGAUGAAAUAAACAGAAGUAACCUGCUGAACACGAUGAGGAGGAGGAAGCCUCUCAAGAUGAUGAUGGAGAACAAGUGACUGUCUAUUGCCUCAUCCUAAUCCACAUUAGUGAUUCUUCAUCUUUGUUUUUCCUUCUCAUAGCUAAGUUUUUCUUUGUAAUGACUAUGGUUAUUUUAUCAAUCUCCUUUGCCACGUUUAAACAAGUAUGAGUUUCAUAUUCAGUGUUCUCUGCCAAUCAGUCAUAAUGUUUCUGAAAGAAAAUAAUACAUUCAGCAAGGGUGGACCAAAAAUGGACAGCAAGACAUUUAUUAUAACACAAAAGAUUUCUAUUUC